CGGAUCUUUCGAUUGCAUAUCCGGUCCUAAUUCGGUUGCUUCCAUUCAUUGUCAGAUCCUGCCCUGCCCUGUCUGUCUCAACAUAACAUGACAUGACAUCCCUUAGAAACCGAGAUGGCACAGGCGACAUAUAAAAGUGGGGAAGGCCCCGGUAUUGAUUGGCUGCCGAUCGAUGCGCCACAGAUACCAGCCUCAAGGAGGCAUAGCAGUGAGGACAAAAGUCACGAUCUGCAAGCUGCAUUAUUAAAGAUACUGCAGAUUUGAUUGGUCUGACCUGAUGUAAUCAGGUAUCGUGUGCCAUCUCGGUUUCUAAGGGAUUGAUGAAAAGCCUCAUGAGAGCCCCUAAUUUGUCCUAACCUUGCAGGGCAUGUGAAUUGUGGAUUAGCAGGGUCCUGUCCCAGAAAGGGCGCUUGACAUCCAUCUGACAACUAUUCUAGGAGAUGCUUCAUCCAUCCCAUGCGUUUCCUACUGCCAGCCUCCUCGAGCUAGAAUAGCUUCUCAUCACCAAGCGCAUCCGUUGAGCCAUGUGGGAGCUGCCUGUUACAUCUCAUAGGUUGGUGGAUUACUGGGGUGGUGUUUGGCAGCGGCUCCGUACCUUAGCACGGAGUUGUAGGUGUGGCAUCACUUGUCCAACGCCCCUAAGCUACUAACCUCUGGUAGGGAUGGGUGCAUCUUGAAUGAAACGCUCAAUUAUGUUCAUCUGCCUUUUCUCGGCGUCAGUCAACUGCCGUUAGGCAUUCAAAUUUCCAUAUUUGCGGAUCCAAGGAGGUUUCAAUUGUGAUUCCUGUGGAUUAAUGCCUCAGAUGCUCUCAAUUUGAUAUCAUGAUUACUUUGAUCUCAAUCGUAUCGUCAAAUCUCGCCAUUCGCGUUAUCCGUCGCCGAGUGUCGGCGUUAUUGGAUCCGUUGGCAUGGAGGGGCAACAGAUCGUCAAAGCUUUCUUCCGUGACAUCAGCAAAGCAACUUAACUUGACAUGAGGGAGGAAGGGAUUUCCUCUGCCAACAACCAAAAUCAAGAAUCUCUUGUCAUGGAUAAGGUACCAAUCAUGCUCCCUGGCUGAUUCAUCUGCGACCUCCCUUUUACCGGUAACGAGCCAACGGCGCUAGAAACCGCUCGAAAGGAUCUCGUGGAGGUCAUGCAGUCAUUCAACCAAAAAAGCCACGGCGAUUACCCCAAAAUACGGUAUAAACCGCCAAUGCCAUCGUGGCCCGUAUUGCGGCUGGUGCAUCAAGGCACGGAAUAGGAGGAAACUGUGCUAAACUGUUAUACAACAGUGGAGAACCACGUCAAUCAAUACCUAUACUUGUACAAUUAUGGCGUGUACUUCUGAAAGCAUCCUCACUCUUCCCCGCACUCUCAUCAGACAUGGCGCAGGUCCCCCAGAUCAUCUAGCAACGCGCUAUUGGGAAGCAACUUCGGAUCCGUGAACUCACAUGAAGCUCCAAAUGAGGAUCUUCCCCAGACAGAUCUUGGGUAUACACGCAACGCCCAGCACUUGAGUCUAUCUUGACUGGUAUGCGAAGGGACCGUCUUCGGGUCCAAGGUUCAUCCCAGCCGGAUGGAUGGAGGUCUUUUGGGAACUGCGGGGAAGCUCUAGCUCAGUCCGUUACGCACUGAAGAUACCUUGACUCGAAACCCCUGUAUUAUUGCUGCUGUACCAACGCUGGACUGUGCUGCGGACUCAUGCGGAUUGGUGGCCGCAACACAUGUCUCCUGCGAGAUUGAGCAGUUCACUCAAUCACAGACCAGUUCAGGAUUUCUGGUACAAUUUCCAACAGUUGAGCAGACCUCGAGAUGAUCAUGUCUAAGGCUGCAUGAAAACGAUUUGGUACAACAGUAUAACAGUGUCUAGGCCGUACCUCGUUUAUAUCAGUAUACUGUAAGCCCAUCACUCAUGGCACGAGCAAGGACUGGCAGAACCACAUGCGCAUGUUAUGUAUGCACAACUAAUUUUUCGGCAAGUCAGUUUCCUCUGCUUCAACUGUCUACAUAGUCACCUGAAUUCAGUAUUGUCUAAGCGACUUAUGAAUUUGGUGCAACAUUUCACGAGCAUAUCAAAGACGCUAUUGGUCAGAUUUUACCCCAACCUAUGCCAACGCUUCUCGUCCAUGCUCCGGGUGGCCGGGCGUUGUUGUUUAUGGCAAUUGGCAGUUUGCUAGAACAGGCUUCAGAAACUACCAUCACAACCCACCCUGAUACAAGUCUCAGUCACGAUUGCGGAUAGAUGUACCUUGUCCAUCAACGCUACAUUGACUUAGAGCAAUGAGCUUGGGGCAUCUAAAGCUUAACGAUCAAACUCCCUAGCUACUCUCACAUCCUUGCCCGCCUCAAGUUCCCUCACCAAGUGCCAUUUGCUUCUCGAACACGCAACUGGUAGGGGAUUGAUUAGAUGCAGACUUUGUCCUGUGGCAACACCUCAUCUACCUUCAACUGGUGAAGAUCCACCUUCCACGAUACCUUCGCAGGGAUUGUCAAGAUGUGCUUAGCCCCAUGUCGGUUUUCCUCCCCGCGUGUCGGUCCAGAGGGAGAUUGGCUUGCGAGAUUUUUGGCCCUUGAAAGAGCAACUAGGAGUGCGUCAUCUGUGUAAGUGAAGGUGCUUGUCGUUUCCCCUCACAGCUUAUCCAGCCAACACUAUGGAUGAUGUAUACAAGCUCGAAGGCCAAGCUGAUGCUAGUCUGCGAUCUAUAAUCAAGCACGAAGAAGUCAUUCAAAGUUCUUUACCUUGGAUACUGCCUAGAGUAAGGGGAGCCGGAUCUAGCUUGACCAGGUCGUCACAUCUUGAAAGUUGAACCCCAUGUUACCUAGAUCAUCAUAUCUGGGGCAGGGUCCGUGGGUUCCUGGGUCCUCCGCGUUUUCAAGCCGCGCUUAUCCCUCUAGGCCCCGUCAUCAGGCCCGUGCAAUGCUAAAACGGCAUCCACUGCGGCUCCGCAGUUUUAACUUGCAUGAGCCGCAGUUGUUUUCCCCGCAUCGACGUUGCGGCACGCCCCCCGGACCUUGGAGACGCCCUGAGAACGGCUGAGCCCCAUCGAGCCCAGCCAUGCGUGUAACUGCAUCUCUUCGUCCUGGCGCUGCCUGUGAUACGGGGCCCCAGACUUGAAAAGUUGUUGGCCUCAUGAGACUUCUCGGACCUGGAGAAACGGAAGCAUUUCACGGGGUCAUGUUGGAUCUCAGCUUCACACUAUACCUGAUCCCAUGAUGCUGCGGUGAGCUGGCGCCAAAGUGCGUGGCUUUACCCUCUCAUGAACAUAAUCUGGAGUCAUGAUACACAGAUCUGGGGUAAUCAUGGUCAAUAUUCUACCACUGGUUUUACCGUGUAGGUAUUCUUGGGGUUGUACGUACCCUUUUAUUGGUCAAUGUGCCUGCGAUAGCGUUCUCUGCGACGAGCCGUCAUUGUCAACUUGAAGCGUUUGUCCGAGGGAGGGGCUGUGUUCCAUCCAUCAGGAAGCUGCUCACCUGAGAGCUGAUUUCUUGCAUGAUUGCUUGUUGCUUUUUCUGCGUCUUUCAUUGUUUCUGUGGUUUUGCAGCUCUUUGGAGUUCUCUCAAACGGCUGGUCCUGAUGGUUUCUCGCCCCAUUCUUGACCAUCAUAGCACAAUACCCAUUCGAUGUCAUGAAUAGCCAGCGUACAUGUCGGAUUCCAUGAAGCCUCCGUAUGCACAUCUGCCUCGAACCUCUCUUAUCCGUGCAAACGCUGGUUAGUUUGCAUUUAAUGCUCUCUCCCACACUUACUGUUGUGUUGAGUGCCUCCCGCGCAGCACUUCGACGAGCGGAUCGACUUCACAAGAUUCAAGAGCAAGUCAGUUGCAGUUGAAUUGUCCCGCAGGGGCUUGCGGAUGGCGGUGCUCUCUCGUUUUUUCGCAAGUUGCCCUCGUUCCUUUCAGGUUAACCAGCUAUGGAAGUACUCGCCAGCCGCAAGUUUAAACUUUAGGCUGUUCAACGGUUGGAUAAACCAGGGACAAAGAGUUUGAUGGAGCCGUUGUUUGCUGUCCAGCUGGCAACAGGCAAGAAACGAGCUUCAAGAUUGCUGAAAACGACACUUCUGAUCCGACAUUCGGAAUUCACAUUAUGGACAACGCGUGCUGCACGUCGAUCCAAGUUAACGCACAAUGGUGGGACGGUGGCAAAAGUUCCAGACGAUUAAAGUCAAAGCUGAAUUCAAUCAAAGGUCUAGAUUGGUUAAGAGGCUUAUUUAUGAAAACAGAUGAUCCUCCUUUUCUCGUUACCCGAGACCAUAAACACCGAAUGUUUCCCAAGCGCUUGCAAAGCUAACACAUAUUCAGAUGGAUCGAUCGCUCGUUACGUCCUCGACUCGCCUCCUAUCUUAGUGCAGCGCUUAGGCGGCGACCUCGACGGACUGCUCAACACCAUCCGCCUUGCCAGAGUUGACCUUCUUGCCAGUCUUUGCGAUCUUCUGGAGGACGGUAUCGUAGGGGAGGGCGGUGACGACCUUGGCGGUCUGGUUCUCAAGGGACACAUCGUAGCUCUCGACACCUGCAAAGGGAUGUUGUUAGCAGCGGCCAGCGGUCGUUCGGGGCGUAUACAUACCGUCGAGCUUCUUGAGGACUCUAUCGAUGGCACCGGAGCAGCCGCCGCAGCUCAUGGUGAUAUUGAACUCGUAAGUGUGAGUGUCGGCCAUUGUGAAUGUGUUGUUGAUUUGUAAUUGUGAGGUUGAAGAAAGUGGCGGGGUAUUUUGAUAUGUAUCUAUCAGAUGGAGUCGCGAAUGGAGAGCUGUCGGAAUUACAGGUCCGUGCUAAAAGUGGAAAUUGAAUAAUAGGAAUGGAAGUUGGAGAAGGAAGAGUCUGAAGGGAAUUGCAAAUAAUUUAUAGUCGUUUCAAAGGGAUAUCUUGCUUGAGUUGCAGUCAGUUUGUGACGGCGGAAGUGAAUUAUUAAUAACCAAGUGACAACACUUGUUCUCUGUGCUUGGACGCCGCGAUAAUUGCGCAAUUCGUUAGAGGGAGGCGGCCUAACUAAGUUACGCCUCAGGUCCAGAUGAAACGUGCUCAAUACAACGGGGAAACUUUUCUGAAACGCCUCUGACGGGUAAUUACUCCGAAUCUUGGCCUUU